CAAAGCUUAGUCGUCAACAAUCUUUGAAACAGCAUUGGUGUAAAAUAUGAACAUAAUCAAGAGCAUUAUAGUGACAUUGGUGCUGUUGGUGAAGUGCCUGCGGAUAGAUGGCUCAAACAUAGUUUGCUUUUUGGAUUCCUCAAAUCCUUCACUCAUUGCCGUUGAAGCUUUGACAGUUGCUUUACACGAUUGCACCCAUUUCAUAUAUGGCUACGCCACCCUUACCCCCCGCUACUUUUCGCUGUCCUUCGAUGGUUCGGUUGGAAGAACUUUGGCAUUGGCCGACAUUGCAGGAUUAAAGGAACAGUUCCCCAAAGUUAAAUUUCUGCUCAGCUUGGGUGGAAAUCGUGACUUAAUUGAUAAUCAAAAAUAUUUGCAGCUGCUUGAUGCCAAGGACACGGAACAGCAGAAUUUUAUUCAAUCAGUUUUAAAAGUUUUGAAUUUCUACAAAUUUGAUGGCCUAGAUUUGGCCUAUCAGUUUCCCAAUGAAGUAGCCUCCAAAGCACCAGAAGAUGAUGCUGUGGGCUUCUGGAGAGGGGUAAGAAAUCUGUUUGGUGGAAAAAGCGAGGAGAAACCAAAGGCGCGACAAUAUAAGGCGGAAUUUUCCAAGUUGGUGGAAUCACUCAGUUCACAUCUGAAAUCAGAAAAGCGCUUGUUAACCUUGAGCGUCUUGCCUCAUGUCAACCCGGAUUCGUACUUCGACAUCCCCACACUGAACAAGCAUUUGGAUUUUGUUCACCUCUGGUCCUUUGAUUAUGUCACACCCCUGCGUAGCCCCCAUCGGGCGGAUUAUCCUGCUCCCUUAUUUGCCCCUACCUCAAAGGGCAAUAGUCUGCCGCAUAGCAAUGUUGACUCACAAGUUCGAUAUUGGCUUGCCCAUAAUGUAAGCAGCGAAAAAUUAAUCUUAGGUAUACCCAGUUUCGGUCGCACCUGGAAACUGACUAAACUGCCUAACCAUGGAAGAGCUCCGCUCGUCGAAAAUGUCAAUGGGCCAUCCGAAGUGGGUGAUGAAUCGCAAACGCCUGGUGUGCUCAACUGGUUGGAGAUAUGUGGAAUGUUGAAAAACUACUCAAUUCAGACAAAAGGAUCCUAUGACCAGGGUCAUUAUUUGGUGUAUCCCUCCUCGGACAUUUAUCCGCAAGACUCUUGGAUAGGUUUUGAUGGGCCAAAUAUUGCCCAUUAUAAGUCCUUAUAUGCUAGCGCCGAAAAACUAGGUGGUGUUGCUGAAAUUGAUUUAAGCUUUGAUGAUUAUGGCGGCAAUUGCACUGGCCUUAAAUUUCCCAUCGUAAAGUAUAUGAAAGGAAUGUUGAAAAAGGUAGAGAAUAUUGUGGAAGAUUUUGAAAUGCCUUCAAACUAAGCAGGAAAAUUCUUUUUAAAAUUAGUCAAGAGAAAGUAGGAAACAGAAUCAAGUUGAGACUUAAGACAUAAAAAAUAUUUUACU